AUGAAGACUGUUGCUGCCACUCUUCUGGCUGCGGCCUCCCUGGCUCGUGCCCAGGUUGCUACUGUCUCCGAGCCCUCGAUCUCUGAGAUCAGACAGGCUGCUGCCACUACUCUCCCUGAGUCCCCCAGCUCGGAUGUCAAGGGUGUUGCCUUCAACCGGUUCUACCAGGUCUGGUUGGAGAACACUGACUACGAGGAUGUGGCCGCGGAUCCCAACAUGCAGUGGUUGGCCUCCCAGGGUAUCCUGCUGACCAACUAUUACGCUGUCACCCACCCAUCGGAGCCUAACUACUGCGCGGCUGCUGGUGGUGACACCUUUGGCAUGGACAAUGACAACUUCAACCAGAUUCCCGCCAAUGUCUCCACUGUUGCUGAUCUGCUCGACACCAAGAGCAUUUCCUGGGGCGAGUACCAGGAGCACAUGCCCUUCCCCGGCUUCCAGGGCUUCAACUACUCUAACCAGGAGACCUUCGACAAUGACUAUGUCCGCAAGCACAACCCUCUGGUUCUCUACGACUCCGUUGUCCAGAACGAGACCCGUGCUCGCCAGAUCAAGAACUUCACUGAUUUCGAGAAUGAUCUGUCCGACAAGAAGCUUCCCCAGUGGGCUUUCAUUACCCCUAACAUGACCAACGAUGUCCACGACACCAACAUUACCUUUGGGGGCAAGUGGGAGCGCAGCUGGAUGUCUUCGCUGCUGACGAACGACUACUUCAUGAACGACUCUCUUAUCCUGUUGACCUUUGACGAGGAUGAUACCUACAACAAGACCAACCGUGUUUACAGCAUUCUCGUCGGUGGUGCUAUCCCCGACAACCUCAAGGGAACCACGGACGACACCUUCUACACCCACUACUCCAGUAUUGCCUCUGUCAGCGCCAACUGGGGUCUGCCCUCUCUCGGCCGCAGAUCACAGUGGGAUUGCGGUGCCAACAUCUUCGAGAUUGUCGCUAACAAGACCGGUUAUGUCAACUUUGAUGUGGAAAUUACCAACCUGCGCCUGAACGAGACCUACCCCGGCCCCGAGUCGGCUGGCGAGUUGUCCAAGUUCUCUCCCACUUGGCCCGUUCCUCUGACCGACGCCAAGUGCUCGGCUGGCAACGGUAUCCUGGACAUCGUCAAGAAAACCUACGCUGGCCAGGCCGCCACCUACAACUACUCCAGCCCCUACCCAUGGGACACCAAGGCCGACUACAACACCAAGGUCACCGUUACCCGCAAGAACGCGUCCAACAGCACCAACACCACCACCUCGUCAUCUUCGGCUUCUAGCCCUGCGACCGGGGGUGCUGCUGCCGCUAUCACCGCCCCGGGCUUCACCGUCAUGACCGGUGCUCUUGUCGCUAUGUUUGCUUACCUGCUUUAA